GUGCUUGGGAAGACGAUUCUCUAGGCGAUGCCGUAACUAAUGAACAUUUCUGUGUUAUUAUUUACGGAGAGAAAACAAAUUUUACCGAGCGCCCUCUCACCGAGGAUUACCUUUGUGAGCUGCUAUCCAGGGCACUGACAUUAAAAUCACCCUACCUCAGCUGUUUAGUGUGUAAAAUGUCGGCACAAGUGAAAUGUGUAUGUCCGGUGUAUAAAACUUGUACAAAUUUUGACAGUAAAAUCUGUGAUAGAAAUAUCCGCCUCGACAGCGGAGUUGAAGUGGACAAUGUCUGUGAUAACUUAAACCAUAUAGAACCGUUGACUCACCCUUGUUAUAAUUCCACGCCUUUCAAACGAAGCAGCAGCACAAAACUAUACCAAUGUGAAGAUUCGCCUUGUUUCUCAUCGCCGUCUAGCUCAGGGAUAUCAUCAUGUCAGUUCUCACCUCCGCCAUUCAAGAGACGGUUGAGCUUCAUUUUGACCUCACCUCCCUCAGGGAAAAGCAGCCUUCCAUAUGACUGUAACUGCUGUUUUAAGUUGCCGCCAUGUGUUUGUCUUAGCUUACAUCGUCCAGAUGAAUCAGUAUUACAUGCACCUCCUGCGCCUCCAAACCACCGCGAUAGCGGCAUAGGGUUGGAUUCCGAUGCCGGGUUUUACGACAUGGAGUCUGACGAAGAGUUUAGUGAGCAGGACUCUGAAAGACAUUGCCCCAUGUGCCAUAGACAUAGGACUAUGUGUUGUUCUUAUAAACAAAAUCACAGUGUAAAAUGUAAAGAAAUUUGCAACACCACUGGAGAUAGCAGCUCUCUUGGGAAUCUUCCUGGUGGGCCUGUCCAUUUGGGCCACACUGGUGAGAAAAACUCUGUCACACCUGAAGAGAUGGCACCAUGUAUCGGUGGUAAAAGUGAUAGCCCAUCUGAUAAAGGGGAUGAUGGAAAUGCUUGCUCGCCAAAGCCAAAUGCUGGAUUUGAGGACGUGCCUGCGUCAAAGGGCGAUGUUGGCUUUGAUGAACGGGAGAUCCUUCACGACGAUGGCCAUCUAGAUGAUGCCCUGUACAAAUCCACAGAACUGGAUGUCCCCAAAGAUGAUGAGCGAGCCCAUUCUCCCAUUGACAAGGAGAAGCCCAUGGAUAUUGACCUGCCACCCCCUGUUGUCGGCGAUGGUUUUGGUGAUGGCUUUAUGGGUCAAAAUUUUAUGGGAACUGGUGGAUUAUUUGAAGAUACUCCCGCCGUGUCUGGAAUAGCAGCACCUCAGGAUGCAUCAGAAGCUGCCUCUGCAUCACCCAAACAAGGAGAGUCAGAGAAGAAAUCAUCUGGAGUUGAGGCUGACAAUGAGGAUACUAUGCCUUCUUUCGCAGCAGCAGCAGCAGCUGGAGUCUCUGCUGUGUCCAGCACCCUGGGUGAACAGACAACCCUGGUGCACAACGAGGAAGAGGCAUUUGCUCUAGAACCUCUUGACAUCACUACCGUUCCUGGCACAGAAAGGAAAGGUAAAAGGAAGAGAAAGCUGAUUGUUGAUGAGCAGAAAGGAAUACCCAGUGAGACGAUGAAACUGCAGUUGUCAGACACCUCCGACAUUGUAAGCUCGCUGGACCUGGCCCCACCAACCAAGAAGCUGAUGCUGUGGAAGGAGACCGGAGGGGUGGAGAAGAUAGUUAUGCUGCCGGGAAGGCCAAUCAACUCCAAGGUCACAUCUAAGUUUUUCACAAGGAAUUUGAUAUGCAGGCCAGUGUCGGAUGACUAUGAACCAGGCACUUCUACAAUAGAUCUGGACAUGGCACCCGAGGCUGCAAGAGAAAACGAGCGCAACAGUACUUUGAUGGAUGCGACCCGACAGUCCGAAAUGAGCACAAUUAUGGAGGAGCCGUCCAACGUGGCUGAAACAUCCAGGCGAUCAAACGCCUCCUCUGUGAACAGAGAUUUAGCAGACGUUACGUUGAGAUCUGAGCAAAUUUCCCUCCUGGAGCCAUCAAUACCCAACAACCAGUCACUGUUUGACCAGAUGCCGGACAACAUCCCCAUGCAACCAACAGAGGUGCCCCCUCCGGAACCCGCAGACAUUGUCCCCGCCAUGAACCCCUUGCUGGAUGACGGCCCUGCAUCAGUGGCUCCUUUCUCUGUGGCACCACCAUCUGUAGCACCUUUGUCUGUGCCCCCAGCAAUGACAUUCGAUGACCUUGAACAAGAGCUGGAAGCCGAGCAGAUGCCAGAGAACGCCGAACAGGAAGAGAAACGGUGGAGCAAGCGCACACAGCAGAUGCAGCACAUUUUCGAACAGGCCUUCACCUUCUCGGACACACUCAGCUUCAAGGAGAUGGCACGCAACCACAACCGCAAGCAGGCAGCAUCCAGAUUCUACACUCUGCUAGUCUUGAAGAAGCACCAGGCAGUCAAUACAGAACAGAACGAGCCUUACGGGGACAUUCUCAUCACUAAGGGGCCCAACUUUGGUGCUGCUUGUUGA